ACCUGCUUAUAAGCACACCUGUCGCAUCAGCAACACACAAUUCCCUGAACCACUCACACUCCUUGUCGUUACAUAUACAGACAGCCAGACCCCAGCCGCAUGUCGUCCAGCAUGUCCGUGAGGAGCUUCUCCCUGGGCCGCCAGCCCUCCUUCUCCAGCCUCUCCCUGAGGGACAGCGUCCGCCAGCGUUCCCGGGCCUCCGUCUCCUUCUCCUCCUCGGGCCCACUCGGCCGCUCGGCCUCCAGCCUGGAACUCAACGGGCCCGUCAGCCUGCAGCACAACGGCAUCCAUGGCAACAGCGCCAACGAGAAGGAGGCCAUGCAGGGGCUGAACGGCCGCCUGGCCAGCUACCUGGACAAGGUGCGUACUCUGGAGCAUUCCAACGCAGAUCUGGAGAUGAAGAUUAAGAAGCUGAUGAUCGACCGCAUCCCCAAAGGGCAUGACCUGGACUCCAUGAUGGCCCAGGCCCAUUCUGUGGAGCUAGAGGUGAGGAAAAGGACUCUGGAGAAUGCCCGUCUCCUGCUGGAGAUCGACAACGCUAAGCUAGCUGCAGACGACUUCAGGAUCAAGUGGGAGACCGAGCUGGUGAUGUGCCAGUCGGUGGACAGGGACUGUGUGGCCCUGAAGAAGGCCAAGACGGACCAUGAGCAGAUCAUCUCCACCCUCAGAGGGGACCUGGACAGCCUGAAGGAGGAGCUCUACUUCCUCAAGAAGAACCACCAGGAGGAGCUGGAGCAGUUUAGGUCUCGUAUCGCCAAGGACGAGGUGAACGUGGAGCUGGACUCGUUCCAGGGCCCCGACCUGGGGGAGGUCCUGGCCGGGCUGCGCUCCCAGUACGAGGGCAUCGUCCACAAGAACAAGGAGCAGGCCGAGCAGUGGUCCCGCAAGAAGCUGGAGGUGGUGCAGCACGAGGUGAAGGAGAGCAACGAGGCGCUGCGCACCGCCCAGGCCGAGCUGGUGGACCGCCAGCGCUUCCUGCAGACCCUGGAGGUGGAGAUGGAGGGCCUCCACAAGCAGGUGUCUGCCCUGGAGGGAAACCUGGGCGAGACGGGCCAGAAGUACUCAGGGGAGAUGGAGAGACUGCAGUCCACCCUGAGCCAGAUGGAGGAGGACCUGUCCCAGCUAAGACUGGACAUGCAGCGCACCAAGACCAGCUAUGAGCAGCUGCUGCGCAUCAAGCAGAACCUGGAGAUGGAGAUCGCCACCUACAGGCGGCUGCUGGAAGGGGAGGAGACAGUUAAGGCCAUUCCAGUCGUACCAAAAAAGGAGCCUGACGUGCGCACCAGGAAGAUUGUGAAGGUGGUGACUCAGACCAUGAUCAACGGCAAGGUGGUGGAUGAGUCCAGCGAGCUGGAGCAGAUAGAGGAGACCAAGCAAUAGAGUUAGAGAGAUGGAGGGAGGGAUGGAGAGGGCAGGGGAGCUAAAGAGGAGCAGGUGAAUAGAGGGAACAACGUAGAGAGGCAAUAAAGGGCGAGAGAAGGAUUCAUAGUGUCAGCCUUGUGGACAAUGUAGGAUAGAUGAAACUGUAGAACAACAUGAAAGAGAGAGGAUUUAUUCUAUUUUUCUUCUUGCGUCUUACCUUACUUAUAACCAGUCUUACCUUUGAUAGAGUGUUGAAAUGAACAGGUUUUGUUUGGAUGAAGAUAGUUGGAAAUCUUUGUCUUUAUCGUACUUCUGCACCAUUAUAUCUGGGAGUUAGAUUUGCUUUGAACAAUUUGCGUGAGAGUAAACCAAACUGGUGCAUGUGUUAGAACUGCCUGUCAACAGUAGUUAUGUGAUGAACUUAACACGUAUUUAUUUCUUAUGCUCCUAUGCUGACUAUAUGAUCUAGCGAGAUCUCAUAAACCAGAAUGGCUUCAUAACAUUUUAAUAUGUUUGUGCGUUUGAUUAGGCUGUAUUGAAAAUAAAUAAAUAAAGAGGUUCUACAUUCAA